UAGCCACGACAGAAAGUGUACCGAUUGAUUCGAUGUUGUUUUAGGUUUGUAUCUGGCAAAUUAGUAAAUGUUUUUGCUGUGGUUCUCUUUUCGUGCAUUUGGUGUUUGGAUAUGUAGUUAGAUAAUUACUCGCUCUGAAAGUAGUCUAUGGUAGAAAAUAGAAUGCAUUAUUAUUUUUAAUAUUUUUCUGCUAACAUCCGCUAACUUUAGCCACUGCUAACGUUUGCUAACAAUCAAUGGAAGUGAUAAGUGCAACCGUGCUUGGUCUACACAAACGGCAAAAUAAUAUCAAAGUGAAGUCAAACCAAAUUAUUAAGUUAAUUUGCCACAGGUAGCAUUCAGCAGAUAUGCCAGAGCACAUGGAUUGGCAUUCUGCUUUUCGUAGUUGAAAGGUGUCAAUGUUGCGUACGCCUUUCAACAACAGGGCUCCACGCUGACCUUUUUUUGUUUUUGCAAGGGGCACGUGUACGUCAACGUUGACGCACAAAUAAGUAUCGGUGCACAAAUUGCACUAUUAAACGUAUACUUUUCCUAAGCGCACAACAUUCUGGGUGGUACAGCAAUUAAUUUAGGUGAUACAUCUGGUGCUUGACACGGGCUGAAAUAUGGUGCUGGUACUAAUUUUGGGUGCCAGUACUGCUUAUAUUUAGGAGCAUUUCCUCAGUAAUUUAUUGCUUUUAAGUUUUUAAGUCAAGCACAACUGCAUUCCGUGGGAUAACAUGGAGCCCAUUGAUUUGGAGACAAAGGACCCUCCUAGCUCUCUAUCUGGAUAUGCUAAUGGGGAGAUCAUGACCCUGGAGAUCUCGGACGUAUCUCCGGACUUGCUGGUUCUCGAGGUAAAGGACAACCACCUACCUGAAAGUAUCCAUCGCGACCUAGACAUGGAGACGGCUGCUGACUUUCACGAGGAUGCUCAUGAUGAUGAAGAUGACGAUGAUGGGCAUGGUUUUGCCAACGUGGAACUCCAGUUUUUUCCCUGUGAUGCUUGCGAAGCUUCCUUCACCAGUGGGCCGGAGCUGGAGCAGCACUUCAUUAGCUCUCAUUCAAUAUGUGAUUUGGCUAGUGAAAGAGGAAGACUGAAAGCCAAGUCAGUGGAUAUUGAAGGUGUCACGCCCCUGCACACGUGCACGACUUGUGGGAAAGUUUUCAAAUACUUAACUUCAUUCCGAAAACAUGAGGAAACUCAUAAUGUCAAACCGCUGUACACCUGUAAGACUUGCGGGAAGGAGUUUAAAUACCUAACUUCAUUCACAAAACACCAGGAAACCCAUAUGCCAGACCAAGAAGAAAGACCAAGAGGAAGAACAAUGAGAAGGUCAAUCAAAGCAGUAGGCCUGAGCGUUAAUCAAAAAAUGAAGGGCCUUCACUCCUGCAGGCACUGUGGUAAGGAGUUCAAGUAUGCAACAUCUUUCAUAAAGCAUGAGAAGACUCACAGAAUGACAUUAACUAGAAAAAAACAGAGGAACACUACAAAUUCUGAGAUGAUUACAGGCAUUAGGAAAGAACCCACAGAAACUCACAUACAGGCCUUCAGGAAACACAGUGAAGAUGCUGAGGAUCAGGAGGCAUCUAUUGUAAUAUCUUCUGACGAUGAACUAGCCACCACUGCAGAGCAGCAAAAGCCUGACUCAAAACGUAGUCCUCCUUUUCCUUGUCAGGAUUGUGGGAAGGUUUUUCAGUUUUUCAAAUCUUACCAAAAACACCUGAAAAGACAUGCUUGGGCACAGGGCAAAAGUGAAGGAGUGCUUCCUAAUCAGAAACACAAACCUGAAGAAAACAUAAGAUGUCCGGUUUGUGGAAGAGCAUUUAACAAGCAAACAACUCUCACCAAACACCAGACAGUAUAUCACCUGAAUAACAAUUCUGUCUUAAAUGCAAAUACUUUAACAUGCUGUGAAUGUGACCGCCAUUUUGAAAAGGCAGAUAUUUUCCAAAAGCACAAGUGCUUCCACCUGCGUAAACACGUAAAGGCUUACAUAGAGGCAGGUAGGGUGUGCCAACAGUGGGAUGUUUUCCAUUGUCAACUUUGUGUCUUAACGCUCACCAGUGGAAUGGACUUUGAGAAUCAUGCCCGGGUCAUACAUCAGGACCAGUACCGAAAAAUUGUAAAAGCGGUAGGCAAUGUCAAGAAAUGUAUCAUUAAAGACACGUUGAGAGGCUUGCAGACACGAAGGGAUGACAAUCAGACAACUGGUCUGGGAGGAACUAAAACAAACUCCAAAAGAGUUGGAGAGAGAGCUGGAGAUACAACAAAACAAUUCAUUUGCAAGGAUUGUGGGGAAUGUUUCAUGUAUCAUGCUUCGUUUAACUUCUGUGGGAAAUGUUUAAAGGUUCGCAAAAACCUUAAGCGGUACCACUGCAAGGAAUGUGGCCAAUCCUUUGGACGAAAGGAUCACCUAAAGCGCCACAGCUAUUCUCAUUCUGGCAGUUCCUUUAUCUGUUCUGAUUGUGGUAUUAGAUUCAGAGAUCCAGGAGAGUUGCGGACACAUGAAAAGACCCAUCGCGUGAGAAACCACGUGUGUCAGCUGUGUGAGAAGCGCUUCGAACAGCAAGAGGAACUGAUGUUGCACAGUGAAGUUGCCCAUCCUGGACCAGAUGGAUAUACUUGCCACCACUGUGGCAAAACCUUCAGUAAGGUCAAAAAUCUGGGAAAACACAGAAUGAUCCAUUCAUACAAAACUCCCCAUGUUUGUUCGCACUGCGGUAAGAGGUUCAAGAGGCAAGAGCACCUAAGAAGGCACGAGAGCCUGCACACCAACGAGAAACAUCACCUUUGUCAUUGCUGUGGGGAUGCGUUUGUGAGAAAGGAAGACCUGAACACCCACCUCAGCAAAAAACACACAACGUUGGGUAGGGGAAAUUGUCUUUGUAAGGCCUGUGGGAUGACAUUCAAGGACCGCAACUCCCUCAGAAGGCAUAGGUAUCACAGUCACACCAAGACUGGCAAGGUGUACCAGUGUGAGGAGUGUGGCCUAAGCUUUAGCCGCGCCGAUCAUCUGAAGCGCCACCAGAACACGCAUUCUUCUGAAAGGCCCUUCUCAUGCUCGAUCUGUUACAAGGUAUUCCACAGGGCAGACAACCUCAAGAAGCAUGAGCGAAAUCACAGAAACAAGUGGUUGGAGUACCUCAGCACCCGCCGCAGAAGUAAAACGUUGAAGAUGGAGGGCAGAGUUUCUGAGAGCUCGAAGUGGAAACUGGGCCGUUCGGAGGCAUCUGCCCUAUUGAAGCUCAUCCAAAGCUACUCCAAGCAGAAACACCAGACCUGCUAUGUUUGCAAAAAGACUUUCAGAGGCCUUUACUAUCUGAAGAGACACCGUCUACUGAAUUGCGGUGGAGAAAGGAAUACAAUGAUGGAUUCAUUCCGAUACGGAAAAGAAACUGUUAAAUGACCCACUUUGAGGUUUAUAACCUGAUAUUUAAAAACAAAACUUACAUUUUUGUAGAACUCGUCUGUGUAUUUGUACAAAGUAAGCUGUAGCGUGUAUUUUAUGGUAUAACGCAUUUUCACUAUGAGUUAUAAAAUCAGAAUAUUUAGAAUGUCUUGAUUACUGUAUGAAAUGCCUACUGUAGAAAACGAGAACGCACGUAUGCCCCCCCAGUCAUAGCCAAACAUACUGGUAUUGUAGCAUUUAGGAAGAAAGCUUGCAUGCAAAGUUUAGCAAAUACUCAAGCUGGGUUUCCCCCCUUUUUUUUUCCUUUUGGAAGUGAACAACUUAAUGUUGUGGUCUUAAUAAAACAGACAGUGUUCAGAAGAAAUACCUCUCCUUUUAGCCAUCCACUAUGUUGAUGGCGGAAUGUAUUCGUGGCCCAGACUUAUAGAAGUAGAUCAGGAGGAUAAUGUGUUGAUCAUCAUCCACACAUAUGUCACUAUUCUUUCUCCUACAUCUAAAUUGUUUAUAUUAUAGAUGGAUUCUUUUUGUAAACAGUUGUAACAGUACAAUAAAAAGGUUUUGUGUUCACUGAAAAAGGUCAGAUAUGCAUUUACAUUUUACUAGCCUCUGUUGAAUCUUUUUUCAAAUGACUUUAUUCACCUACUAAAUACACAAAAAGCGGUCUUGCAUUGACAGUCUGUUGAUUCAUGACAUUUGCAUAAUUUUCACAUUCUUCCUUUGCAAUUCCAACUGUGUAUACGUAAAUAGUGUUGCACGUGCCAAACUCUGGGGAUGCUGUUGAACGAGGGGACAGCAGUACCCAUCAUCCUGAGGGGUCAGAAAUGGAAGGCUGAGGAGCAGGGGGGUGAACUGAGGAGCUCCCUAA